GACACAGCAAAUAGUCAGAGUCCACACACACAGGAGGGGUAUAGACUUGUGUACAUACACACAUGCACACAAAGGGGCUUCCCUUGUGAAACCACUCACACUUGAUCUCUAUUAUUUUCAACUGCUCACAAACGCACACUCGCACACCCAAACAGCGGCUGUCAACAUGUUGCUUCCAGGAGCUGUUAUUCUGUUCAGCCUGUGGGGUUGUGCUUCCUGUGUUCGGUACCGUGCUGAUUUUAACAUGAUGGGGGUCACUGGUUGGGUCGUCUUUGAUUCCAUGGACCAGAAGUCCACCGUUAACCUCACGGGCACCGGCACAUGUCGAUUGCUCAACAUCUCCCUCACUACAUUCCCAGUUAUGUACGGCCAUUUUGCUUCACCCUGUCAGAAAUCACACAUAGGAAACAGUGUUUUCAUAUUUUCUGUAGAUAUGCCCCAGGCUGUCAUAAAUGUGUCCACAUUAUUUGCACAGCACUUUAGUCUGGAUGCCCUCUCAGUGGUGGUGGAUACAUGUAACGGCACCAGGGUUUGUGCUGGACUCACACCCGAAUCCCAGGUCAGAACUUGGCAGUCACGAUUUUUCAGUCCCAUAGCUGGGAAUAUCUACAUCCGCCAAGUGACUGGGGAACCAGGAGCAAGGGUUCUCUCAAAUCUAAUAAAUGUCAAUCAGACCACGACUUUUGCAAAUAUCAGUUUUUUUGUUUCCCAAAGCUCUGCCACAAGCUGCACUACUCUCCUCAGCAGUCUGGAUCCAACAAGUCUCACAAGACUUGGCCUUUUGAAUAUUGGAUCCCCUCUAGAACCUGUGAAAUCUCGCUUAGAAAUUGCCUUUUUCAGUUUUGAAGUCCGCUUUGCUCUCCUCAACCUCAACAGCCCAAGCUACAUGUGUGCAGAGAUCAGAACGGUUGCUCCAAAGAUAGUUAGCGCAGUCUUAGACAUGAGAGGGAUUAAAGGGUACUUCACCUUCCAUCAAGCAUCUCCCUUUGAUCUCACAACCAUAAUGGUCAACCUGACAAACCUCAACAAGAGAGUUGGGCCAUUCCAUGUGCAUCAGUUUCCCUUGCCCGAGAUGAGAUCUCCUCCAGAGAGCAGCUGUAGCAAUAACAACGUUGGAGGUCACUGGAACCCCUUUAAUGUGAAUGUUCAAGCCCCAGCGUAUCCGCCCCCAAGAGGUUCCACUCAUGAUCACUUUGAGGUAGGAGAUCUGAGUGCUAGGCAUGGAUCUUUGGAGAACUCUAAUAACUUUCAGGCCACUUUGACGGACUGGAACUUGCCUCUGUUUGGGCGGAAUAGCAUCGUAGGUCGCUCUGUCGUGAUACACCAACCCAACGGAACAAGGUUUGCCUGUGCAAGUAUAGGCUACCCCGGCAAAGUGUCUGUUGCUAAGGCAGUUUUUCGCAGUCCUGUGGUGGGGACUGUCCUCUUCACCCAGCUCAGCAGUGACUUGUACUCAGAUGUCUCGGUGUUCGUGGACCUAUCUUAUGGAAAACUUUCUACACAAGCCACACAGAAUCACAACUGGCACAUCCACACCUAUCCUAUCAGCACAGAGACUGACAGUGACAAGGGAUGUUGUCUUUCCACUGGUGGACAUUGGAACCCAUUCAACAUAGACACCAAUUUGAGUAGCUAUGCCAUUAAUUGUGGUCCAGACAGCCCUUUUGCUUGUGAAAUUGGAGAUAUCUCUGGCAAGCACAAGACUCUGUACCUGCUUCCAGAGGUUGGUAUGGUGGCCACCAAGAGCUUCUUCACUGACACCACCUCCUGGGUGUCUGGAAUGAUUGGUCGCUCUGUGGUGGUGCAUGGUUCAAACCAAACAUCUCUACGGAUUGCUUGCGCAAACCUCACCUUGUUCCGUUUUCCAUCUGCUCGCUCAAAGUCUUGGCUUGGUCCUGGAUCCUCUGAAGGUCAAGUCAGAUUCUCCCAAGUCUCUCCUCAAGGACCAACAUUCCUCAACAUUUCUUUCACUGGACUCAAUGCCAGAGCUGCUGGCUACCAUGUCCAUAUUCUUCCAAUCAAGAGCAUUGAGGAACCCUGCUCUGACAGCAACAUCAUGGGCCACUUCAACCCAUUUUCUGUGGACGUGGCUUCUUCCCCUGCUCCAGGGAAUGGAACGGUUGACCAGUAUGAGAUUGGAGACAUAAGUGGGAAGUUUGGACCACUGACGGGUCAGAAUGGCUUUCAGAAUCAGUACACAGACUCUAACAUGCCACUAUCAGGACCGAACAGCAUAAUUGGCCGAUCACUGGUUAUACAUUACACCAAUGGCUCAAGAAUGAGGUGUACCGAUAUUUUAGCAGAGAACUUUACAGAUGGAUACUGGGUUACUGCAAAGGCUACAUUCAGCAGUGCAGUAACCGGAACGGUGACCAUGUCCCAACAGAGUUUUCCCGAUGGCAGCUACAGUGAUGUGAUCUUAGAGGUGGAUGUGCGUGCAUCGCAAUCAUUUAAUGUUUCAAAAGCAUCCUGGUACAUCGCAGAAGAUUCGAUGGGGUUGGAUCGUAGUACAUGUUCUAGUGAAAUGUAUAACCCAUUUAACAUGACAGCAGAGAACACCGGCUGCUCUCAGGUCAGUGCUCUGUCCUGUGAGGUUGGAGAUCUGACAGGUAAACAUGGCUCCAUAAGUCUCUUCAAAAGGCAGUUAUACAACGACAUUCAUUUGCAGCUCACCGGAGACUUUACAGUUGUCCAGAGGUCACUGGUUAUUAGACUGAGUAACAGCACAACUGCAUGUGCAGAUAUUCUGCCAGCAUCUCCUUCUGCCAUGCAGAUUUUCCCCAGUGUGGCCUCCUUCAGCAGAUAUGACUUUCGGAAGAGAGUGGCAGACGUGCUUAACAUCCCAAUGUCCAGAGUGUCCAUCUUACCAAGUGCUCCCAUAUCUGAUGGGAAAUGCCAGCAGGUCAACUAUCUGGUGUCAGGUGAGGUGAGCAAGGACAAGCUAAACUCUGUCAAGACCAGUGAGAAGAUGGGUGCGUUCAAAGAAUCAAAGACGUGCAGUCCAAGUGGAAGCACAGGACUGAUGCUGGUCCCCUGCAGGACAUUACCAAUCAUCAUGACAACUGUAGUCUGCCUGCUCGGGUCACUGAUCCAACACUAGACGGACACUAAAAUGUCACAUUAUCUCAAAUCACUGCCUUCUCCUUAUUACCUUUAAUAAACCCUUAAUAAACUCUUCAGAUGCGGUGCAGAGGCGUCCAGACCCCCCAACUUUGGAACGUCACAUUGUCAAUAUCACAAGAAUCAAUACUGUAAAAUGUCCCUGGUAUGUUUUAAGUAGUGUACUAAAAUACUACCCCUACUUACCCUUAUUUCUGCAGUAUACAGUAUGCACUCUGGGCACAGUAUGUGCAUUUUUCAGUAUACUUUGAAUGCAGUAUCUGGAUGGCCAGGUAUUCAGUAAGCAUUAAGCUAGCACUCUAUUCUGAACAAUGCUUCAGUCUAACAUUCCUCCCUUUGUUCCACUGAUUUAAUGUGCAUUUCACUCGCCCAAAUCUGAUUGUUCCCAUUCCACACUCCUUAUAUGAUAAUUAUAUGAUCGAGUGUCUCCAUUUUCUGGAUUAUGCUGCUCUAAUCUUCAGGUGUUUCAAACAGGAUUAGGACAACCACUUUUGUUUGUAGAUUCCACAAAAGCCUGAUGCAAUACUGUUUCAUACCCCUUUCCUUCCCUGUAGCUCCCUGAUUGUAUAUUUUGUAUGAUGAAAUCCAUGUGAAUUGAACACAGCCCUUGUUUUCAUAAAAUAGUGUUUGUAUAAUUUGGUUUAAGAUCUAAGAUCCCAAAUAAUCAAGGGUACUAGUUUGCUUGCUCAAUCUAGCAAAUUGUGUUCACGCUUUGUGGGUGUAUUGCGGGUUAUUUACUAUGAAUAUUAAUGCAAACUGACACAAAGAGGUUGAUCACACCUAUAUUUAAAUGCGUAUUUUGCACAUGUAAUUGUAUCGAAUGUUAUCUAAAAUCAUUUGUGGCUUUCAAUAAAAGGGUGUCAAGUAUGA